GUGGGCGGGCUCAGCAAUCGGCAGCGCCAGGCUCUGUUAGCCAAGUCUGAGCAUCGCGGAGGAUGCGGCGCUGCGAGCGGCUGCUGGGACACGCGCAAGGUGAACGCGGGGGCUGCCUGCGCGACGCCCAGGUGAGGAACUGGCAAAGGAAGGGGGCAAUGGUGGGGCCCAGGCAGGGAGCAUGGCCUGCAGCCCCGGUCUCAGCAGGGCGCAGAAGGCCCUGCACCAGAGCCCACCCCCACCCAGGACACUGCGGGGAAGGCGCGGAGCCAGGGGCCAGGAGAAGGAGGACGAGAGGUAACCUGAGAUGGGCCAGCUCCCAGACGCUGCCCUGCACUGCCCUCUCCCUAGACCCUGAGACAAGGAGAUACCCUUCCCCCGCCCCCAAAAAACACAUUUCUCCAGCAGCUGGAACCUAGUGCUGGGCAGCCCCCCUCUUUGUCCGCAGAUGCCCACAUCUCCUGGAUUGGGGGUGGUGAGCAGAUGGCAUAUGCUUAUUGAAGGCCCAGCUCAGCUGUCUCCUCCUCUGCAAAGCUUUUUGGACUCCCUGUGCAAAAUGAUCUACAGCGCGUUUCACAAUGCCUAGUAUGACUGUGUGACCUUGGGCUUAUCCAGUGAGGACUGGAAGUUGAGGGUUCUAGACCCAGGCAUCAGAGCGGACCAUGGCCUCCAGCCCAUGGGGCCAUGUACAUGGCCUCCUGCUGCUAUUGCUGCUGCUGUCUCUGGGGGCGGGCCCUGCCCUGGGUGGGAGCCUUCCCAAGGCACAAGAGGACUGGGAGCCACACCUGAUCCCAGGAGCCCACCCCAGGGGCCCUGUUGGCACAGAGCCCGAAGCCUUCCUCUGGCAGAAGCCCAGAGAUGAGAGCCCUUGGAACUCCAGUGUCCCCCAGGUCCGUGCGGAGGAGGUGCCUCAAAGGAUCGAAGACGCUCCGCUUGGCCCAGCCCUGCAUGGACCUCAAGCAGCCCAGGGGGCUCAGAGAGAAGGACUCCCAGUAACUGAUGACUUCCAGGUGGCUCAAGGGCCACAUUCUCAGGGCUGGACAGGACCUCCUGACUCACAGGAGCCUCUGGAGCAAGAUGCACCAGCACCCCAUCCAGUGGGGUCCCCCCACCUCACUUUCAUCCCAACAACUCCCCGACUCCAGCUCAGGGUACCCACAGUUCCUCCCUCUCCAAGGGGGCCUGGAGGCCAAGUGGGACAGCGACCAGUGAGAGAUGAGGGUCUGGUUGCUGAAGCCAAGCCCAGGGUCUCAGAGACAUCCCCCUCCGCCCACCAGGGUCCUCCCCACACUCUUGCACCCGACUCAGGCACUAUCAGGAGGCCAGUGCUGGAAGAACAGGAUGGGGGUGAGGAAGACUACCAAGAGGCAGCUCAAGGCCCCAUCUUCACCCAGCAGGAUCCAGCAGCCUCUGUGACUGGCUCAGUAUCCCCAGUUGAGGUGGCAUCCACUCAGGAGCCUGGGUUCCAGCCAGACCUGACAGUGACCAGAAGGCUUCCUCCUGCCAACGAGCUGCCAGCUGAGCCCCCCAAGAAGGCUAAAGGUGGGGAGAUCUGGGCAGUCAGUUUUCCAAGUCCCUCACUGAAGCAGGCUGACUUCCAUGAUGUUCAGGGCUCUCCAGGACCCAAACCUUCAGGUCCUCCAGCCUCAGAGACUCCUCAUGAGCAGCACAAGCCAGAGAUAGCAGCAAUGAAUGGAGCAGACCCCAUCUCUCCCCAGAGGGUGAGAGGAGCAGUGGGGGCCCCAGAAACUCCCAAGGCCCUCAUCCCCCCUGGCCCCUCGGACCCGGGACCAGCUACAAACCAAACGGAAAGUCCUGUGAGGACCCUGCAGCCAGACGAAGCCGAGGAGUGGCCGGGGCGCCCCCAAAGCCAUCCCCCAGCACCCCCAGUCCAGGCCCCCUCGACGUCACGCCGGGGCCUCAUUCGGGUCACCACACAGCGCGCCCUGGGACAGCCAGCUCCUCCGGAGCCCUCAGCCAGCUCCAUGGCAUCUGCCCCAGCCUCUAGCCCCCCGGCCAACGCCACCGCACCCCCCCUGCGCUGGGGUCCCCUUCGGCGGGUGCUGAGCUUUUCCUGGGAGCUGCACGUCUAUGGGGUAGGGGUGCUCUUUCUGCUGCCGGCGUUGCUGGCAAUGGCCUCUCUGGCAGCCGCCUCUACGGGGCCCUGGCUGGCACUGGUGGCGGCAGUGCUGGUGCUCCUGGCAUCGGGGCUGCGGUCUGCCUACAUGCUUGCCGACCCCUACGGCUCGCAGGCGCGGCUGGGCUUACGCGCAGGCCUGGUGCUCUAAAACCUACCCUUCCCCUUGCUGCUCACCGCGCUGGCGGCCCUGACCCUGCUAGGACUGGGUGCGGGGCUGCCCCCGCAGCUGCAGAACCCGCUCCUGCUCGGAGUCCUGGCGUUGACUCACGGCGUGGGGUUGCUCGCUACAGACCUGCUGUCGUCGACGCCGGGCCUGCGCGGUCUGGCCUCCCCGCCGCCUGGGGGCGCGCUGCGGCCGCGCCGGGGCAGCCAUCCGGACACUGAGCUCGACGGUGCGGGCUCCUUGCUCCGUGGCCGCUGCCGGUCGCUCAGCGACGUGCGCGUCCGCGGGCCGGUCCCACCACACGUAGUGGAUGAGCCGGAUCAGGUGGCUUCUGGCAGCUCCAUAGACAGCUUCUCCCGGGGCUCGCUCAAGAUCAGCUGGAACCCGUGGCGCCACGGGCUGUCGUCGGUGGACAGUCUGCCCCUAGAUGAGCUGCCCAGCACGGUGCAACUACUGCCAGCCCCAGCCACUGCAACUGCUCCCAGCCGGCCCACAGAACCCCGGAGUGAGGCCCAGCCUUCCUGCAAGCCAGGGGACUCUCGCAGCGCCUCCAGUGACACCAUUGAACUCUGAGCCAACUCCACACUGUUGCAGGACCAGCCUUCAGUGACCAUGUGGCAUGGCCGACUGGGACAGUUGAGCCCUUAAAAAACUGGCAUCCUGGGGCCUGAACCUGAUUGCAGCCCCUGGAAGCAGCCAGGAGUGUCCCCAACCCCCAUCUGCGUUUUUUGUUUUUAAAAUAUCUCUAUUUUUUUCCAGCAGGUAUUUUGCACAGAGGCUGUGAUUUAUAUGGAAUACAGGGUGGACAUGCAUGGAUUUGGGUAUGGGGAAUGGGGUCCAGGUGCCCCAAACACUCCUCCAGACUCCCCAUUGUGGAAGGAUGAGGCUCGCUUGUCUAGAUUGAAUGUCCUCUUUGUGCCAAAGAAAUAAACCUUUAGGACUUGG